UAUUUUAAUUUUGUCCGUUACACGUAACAAAGUCCUUGCGUUGGUUUGUUGUUGGUGGAAUGAUGGAAACCAAAAAUUUGUCUGACAACAUUGUUUCGUAUAAUUUGCGAGAUGAAAUGCAACAAUUUGACAACGAAAAGUCGUGGAACAUUGUAUAUGAGCAAUUAAAAAACAAGUCUACAGUUUUGAAUCAGAAUUUUUCAGUCGAUGCUGCUAGAGAUGUCAAAAAUCGAUGGAAAAACCGCUACCGUGAUGUUAGUCCAUUUGAUUCCACCAGGGUUUUGCUAUGUAAUGCACAUGAUGGUGACUACAUUAAUGCAAGCUUCGUCUUCAUCCCGGAGGUGCCGUCUAGAAAAUAUAUACUCACUCAGGGUCCAAUGCAGCAGACAGUAAAUCAUUUCUGGCUCAUGGUUUGGGAGCGACAGUGCCCUGCCAUCAUCAUGCUCAAUCGCCUUGUUGAAAAAGGUUCUCUUAGGUGUCAUCCUUAUUUUCCUUAUGAUGGUGGCCCUUCUGUGCUAGAAUUAAAAGAAAUUAAUCUGAAUGUGGAGCUGAAGUACGAGACAAAAGGAAAAAUAUUCAUUAACCGAAAACUCGUCAUUAAUCACACCAAGACCAAUGAAGUUCACCAUGUCUUACAUAUGCAGUAUACUAAUUGGCCCGAUUUUGGGGUACCUAAUUCUCCUAGCGCAAUAUUGAAUUUUCUUUGGUCUGUUAGAGCUUCGGGUGCAUUAAACGAUCCAUCUUAUCCACCAGUUAUACAUUGUAGUGCUGGUAUUGGACGAUCAGGAGCAUUUGUUUUGAUAGAUUUAGCAUUAAUCCUGAUUGAACAGGCGAAUUCUAUUUCUGGUGUUAAUAUCAGAAGUUUAUUCCUUGAAUUAAGAAAAUGUCGUAUGGGUAUGAUCCAGACAGCUGAUCAGUUAAGAUUCUGUUAUCGAGCAGUCAUUAGGGCUGCAGAUACUUUGCUUGAUAUGCCAGUUGACCAAAGACCGUUUGCCAAGUUUGAACCGGAUAAGGAGGAAGAAGAUAAUGUAUCGGAACCUUCAACUGAAGAUGACUCAGAUGAUAUUAGUGAACAAGGAGAAAUGGACGAUUUUGCUCUGGAUAAUUUUGAUUCGGAAGAAAUUGGUAUCGAUGAUAUCCAAACAGAACUGUUAAAUCCAUCAGAUGAUGUCAGUGUAAGGUUUAGAAAUUAUAAGUUUGAUUCUAGUUUUAAUACCCAUAAUACUACUUCUCAAUUACCUAGUUUGAACUCUCUUAUCACGGCUGAAGUUGAUUCAAAUCUAUCUCCGUUGGAAAAACACAAAUUUUCAGCUGGAACUGACUACUUGCCAGGUUACUCAGAAAUUGAUCUGGUGCGAGGAAGUCAAGUUUAUAGAGCCAUAGAAAAAUCGGAAAAUGGACUAUCCGAAUUAUUCAAUAAGCCAAACAUUUGCGCAAAUUCACUUAACAGGAAUAAUGACGCUUUACCAAUCAGUCAAAUAGAACCAUUUCUUACAACUCACGAAGUUACUAAAGGAAAUUCUACUUUUUCUACGCUUGCUACAUCACAUUCAAGUACUGAUAAUUUGCAUUCGUCACAAACUGUAGGGUCGAGUGUAUCUUUAUUAGAUGAUACUGCUGGAGUAGAAGAUAGUUCCGAUUCAUAUACCAAAGAAUAUUUAGCUGCUUCAAUAGAUCUACAUGAACGCCGCGUAGCUCGUCUGGCUCGACAAGCCAGAAUGCGUGCACAAAUCGAAAACAUGCGAAUACGAAUGCGUGAGACAGAUAUGACACGUAGAAGGUGGCUUCCAACUCAUGUACUCCAACAUCUUCGCCGAUUUUAUUCAGAAAGUGGCUAUGUAAAGAGUACAACUGGUGCUGUAGUUAGCAGUAUCUGUGUAGUUGCUAUUAUAAGUUUCGGUAUGAUUGCUUAUAUCUACUGGGAAUAAUAAUCAAACGUUAAUCUCAUCUGUAAAAUUAAAUAAGGAAAUCUUAUCAAUGCUCAAGAAGUAUGUGCCUUCUCGCGACUACUCUACACUCAAAUGCAUCAUUUUAUCCCUUCUCAGGUGAUGAUAUCUGUAUAUCUAUCUAAUAUCGUCGUUAAUACAUGGAUUCUAAACACAGACCAAUAUACAGACAUAUAUAUUAUUAAAACUUAGGGAUUAAUCUCAUACUUUUUUUUUGCAUUUCUGAUGAAAAAUGUUUUCCCAUAUUUUAAUUUAUAUUAUUUUAACAUUAACUGCUUCUACCUAUGCAUAAUGUACUUCAUAUUUUAUCAAAAACUCAAUACCAUAAUAAUAAUAAUCUAUCACCAUGAUCAUGUGAUUAUUUUACAUCUGUUUACUUGUUUCUGUAUCAUUCAAUUCUUUGCAUUCUGAAAUGCAGAAGACAAUACGACCACAUAUCUAACCAGAUUCUUAUUUAAUUUGCUGUAAUUACUCUGCUUUGUUGUGUGAGAUUCACAUAAAUAAAACUGUACACACGUACUUGUAAUAACAAGCAUAUGUUUAUCUCCUUACUUCUUCAAUUAAAAUUUCAGUGAAAUCAAUCAUCUUUGAAUGUACAACUAACUAAAACAAAUUAAAGUAUUUUAUAAUAUUA